UUAAUCUUUUGAGCACAACCUGCUGAUGAUAUUCUCCUUAAUGUUUGUUCAAUUUCUUGAACUCUACGUGUUGAGAUUAGAAAUUCAUUGAAUUUCCUUCAAGCCUGAACUUACGGGCAUGAACAAAAUUAUCAGUUUUCGGUAGAUUAUGACGAUGGAUUCCGUAUUGAUUAGGAGCUAAUUCUGCCCAUAAUAAUCUAUUAUAUUUAUAGUAUACUUUAUCUCUUUAUUGUGGUACUAAUCAAUUGUUUUUCUUUAACAAUUUUCCCGUACCAGGUCAAACAAGAGGUGUAAAUAGAUAUAGAAAUAUGAAAAUUGCGAUCACACUAUGCCAAAAGAUGCAAUAUCGAAUAAAGUCGUCAUUCUGUUUAUUAUUAUUCAAUUAGACGCUGUCUACAAGACAUCAAGCUUUUUCGUGCUUAAAUAUCAUAAGACAUAUAAAAUUGUCUGAUUUUAUCUCUUUUUUUCACUUUAUCAUCUUACUACUACUACUAAUUGUAUUAAUAGAGUAUACGUGAUGUAAAGAAACAUAAAUGAAAUUCAUCCUGAAAUGAAUAAAAAUAUGACAAAUAUUGUCAUUUCAUGUAAAUAAUUUUUCAUUAAUUAUGUGUUGUCUAAUAUUUUGUUUUCAAAACAACCAUGACCAAGAUUUCAUUUACGUAGCUUGCAAUUUCCUGUAUUUUAUCAAAUUGCUAAAUAGACGGGAAAUGUAUGAAAUAAAAUAUAUUAUAUUGAAAAACGGAAAACUCUUAUUUCCUUACAUCAACAAUUCUUAUUUCCUUACAGAACUGAUCAUCGAAAAAUAAGUCGUGCAAUAUAAUACAUAUCGUCCUUUGUUAAUUACAACUUAAGAUAGAAAUAAGAUAUUUUUACAUAAAUUAUUGGUGGAAAAAUUAGGGAACAACAACAAUGCAUUAUAAUCAUAAUUUGAUAUCAAUUAUAUGGUGCUUGUAUUACGAGAUUUACUUUUAAAGUUUAGUUUGGUGUAAAUAGAUUUCAAGUUUACCCCGGAGACAAUUGUUCCUACAUCGAAAUAUUAGAAUGUUCAAGUUACGAAACUCUUCGCGAAAAUCAUCUUCAUCGGAGUCACCGAAUUCCCCAGAGACAUUAGGCUCUAAAAAUAUAAAUGACAGUGUGGCGAAAACUGUGCAAACAACUUCAGUAUCGGACGUUGCAACAAUGAAUGUUGACGGAGUUCAGAAAAGCAGCGAGUUAGACAAUUCAUCCAAAUCGAUAUCUGAUACAGUUAUUGAAACAGUUUCUUCCACAGUCCACAUAAGCAAUACCAAUGAUGAAUUACCUGUGAGCAAUACAGACUUAUCAAUUAUCGGUGCAGCAUCUACUGAACAACAUACAACAGACGAAAUUAGCAAAAGUCAGUCACUUACUGAAGUCAAGUCAAGGCCUUUAGAGCGCACUGGAAAAAACUGCAACGAGGGCUACUUCAUUGAUGAUCGAUCCGAGAUAAACAUAAACUUUCAGAAAUAUCGUAUGGUUUUUGUGGUGAACAAAGACGCAGUUUUUUACAAAAAAAGUGCUAUCCGGCAAGCAAGACAAACUCAUCCAAAAGUGACAAAAGCCAGAGCUCACAAAUUCCACAAAUUUGUGCAGAAAUGGUGUGAGGAAAAUGUGAAUGAGGAGCAGAGAAAGCAAUGUGCUGACUGGUUUAUGGGCAAGCAAGCCGACCAGAUACCAAAUAUUAUCACCAUUAAAGUUCAAGAAAACGAUUUGACAAAAACGCCAUACGCCCUGUAUAAUCGCUACAAAGUGCAACAUUUAAAUAACUAGUUAUUAAACUGCACAAUAUUGUUGAUUUGCCUGUAAAUAAAAAAAUCAAAGUACUCGCAUUUUCGAUAAGCACGUAUAUUGAUAAUGCAAUCGAUGAAAAGAUACUUUGUAAAUGACUUGAAAGAUCUAUCUCUAAUCAUAUUGGAUGAAGGCAUCUCCGAACAACAUUUUCAUAUAUUCAGUUAAACUCAGGAGAAUAAGGAAAACAGAAAACUACACGUGAUUUCCGACCUAGAGAAGAACACAGAAUUAUAUUCCUAACUUAUUGCUUCAAAUUGUUUUACUUCAAUGUAAAAUUCACUUUUUUAGGAUGAAUGAUUUCGUCCGAGAAUUUUCUUAGUAUCACCCAACUUUUUUAUGACGAAAGAAAGAAUUAAAAUAAAGUUAAAUAUUGAAAUGAAAA